GUUGAUGAGGUGACACUGCGACGAAAAAGCGAUCACAUGUGUUAGGUGAAUCAGCGACAGCCAUGGAUGCUCUUGAGGACACCUUCAGGACCCUCGCCAUCGCCAGAAGACUGCAGCCUAGCGAGGCCACAUAUAUUCUGGACGUUUCUCUUGCAGCAUCAGAUGUUCUGGCCGUGUGCUGCUCCAAUCACUCUGUGCAUCUCCACAACAGAGAGACGCUCCAUCAGGUGGGUCAGUUUCAAGGCCACACGGCUCCUGUCUGUGGGGUUCGUUUCUCUCAUAUGUCCCCUCACCUGCUGUUCUCUGGCUCUGCCGAUGGGACGAUACGGUCUUGGGACAUCCGGCGACCUGAUUCUGACUCUGUUCAGGUUUUCCGCAGUGAUCCAACACAUUCGUACUGCUCGUUUGAUGUAAGCUGUACUGAUCGUGUGCUGUGCGCUGGCACCGAGCAGGUGGAGGAGGACAGUUUUUUAGUGUUCUGGGAUGCCCGUAUGGUACAGGACAGAGGCCCGCUGGGCGUUUAUUCAGAGUCGCACAGUGAUGAUGUUACCGCGGUGAAGUUUCACCCUCAGCAGGCUGACCGGUUGGCUUCUGGAGGCACAGAUGGGCUGGUGAAUGUGUUUGAUCUGAGUCUGGGAGGAGAGGACGAUGCUCUUGUCACCACCUGUAACUGCAACUCCUCUGCAAGCUCCCUCUGCUGGACGGGCAAAGAUCUGGACCGGCUGCUUUGUCUGACUCAUGAUGAGGGGCUUCACCUGUGGGACGUGGCCCGUCCAGACAGCGACGACACUUUGACCCUUCUGAGUUCUGCUGACGCUCGACCGCUUGUCCAGCUCCCCGACGGAGUUUCGCUCGAGUACUUUAUUGGGGGUACAUGGCUACCAGAUGAGGAGCGGACUCUUUUAGUGGGUGGGAGUAAUCAAGGAGAGCUCCACCUCCUGGACUGCAGUGGGAGUGGCUUAAGGCUUAUCAAAUCCCUGAAAGGCGGGCAUUCGGCUACAGUGCGAUGCUUCCAGUGGGAUGCGAUUGGUCGAUCUCUGGUGACGGGCGGGGAGGAUGGCCAGUUGUUGCAGUGGAAGGCGGGAGCAGAGGAAAUCAGUGUGGGGAAGAAAGAGUCUCUUAAAAGCAUCUCCUCAAUGCAGCUCAAAACUAAAGCUCACAGAAAACAAACUACAAAGACGGACUGGUCAAAAGUUGCAUGAUCGUGUUGUGUAUAUCUGUAGGAGAAACUCAAAGAGACAGUUGAAAAUGAAAUGGAUAACAGAGAAACUGAUUCCUGCUUUCACAAAUGAGCACAACAGUCAGUCUGGGCAAGAAACUACACAUUAUUUUUGAAUAAUAUUAUCUAUUGCAGAGACUGUAAUAAUAAUAAUAAAUUCAUGUGUAGCCUGAGGGCGAGUAAAAUGAUAGCCAAUUAUUAUUUUUUUUUAUCUCAAAUAUCUCUUUAAAGAAUUUAUAUAUAUAUAUAUAUAUAUAUAUAUAUAUAUAUAUAUUGGAGCAUAGGGCUGGGCAAUAAUGCAAAAAGAAAAUCACAAUAUCAUGUUUUAUAUCAUUCAAUAUCAAUAAUUUUUGAAUAUUUUUAACAAUACAUUUAGGAUUUUUUUGUUAUUUAACCACAUUAUUGUAAUUUACCUAAAGCAAAUAGUUCUAGUAGUCAAAAACAAAAAUAUUUUAAUAGAAUAUCUGAUCAAUUUCUAAUAAAAUAAACAUAAGUGUUAAAGAAACUCUUAAACUUAAUAAAUCAAAUGUUAUAAAGUGUGUGCAAUGGUUAAGCGUAAAUACUGAACAAUCUUUAAACUUUAGGGUAGAUCAACAUCUGUAAGGUGUCAAUAAUAAUGAUACAGUAAACCUCAAACUCCGUAAACAAAACAAAUUAUGAGAAUCAAAUCAUGAGCUUUCAAGUAAUGGAAUCAGCCAUCAUUAUUCAAAUACAUACUGCAACAUUACAAAUUGUGAAGUUGAAUGACUGCAUUUAUGCAGAGCAGAAAAUUCUAAUAUUCUGAAAGCUAUAAUAAAUAAUAUUGUGUUUUGGUGUUUUGAGUUGAAACUUUAAACACAUUCUUACACAUUAAUUCUGGUGACGCAAAAGACUUGCUUUAAAUCUUGAAAAAGGGUUAAAAAAGGUGCCCUUUAAGUUAUUUAUACACUAUGAUGUUUUUUGAAUAUAUGUUUUUGAUCUUGAAUUUGGUCUUAAUAAUCAUACUUUUUUAAAGUGUCAUUAGUAAUUCUUGGAUAAGUACUGUCUGUGCUUUGAAAUGCAAAUGUGGGGUUCAAACAGGCACCGUUUGUCUCUUGAGAUUUAAGAGCUCCCUCUUGUCAUUUACUUUGAGAGUGUAUUUUACUAUCUUCAGUGUUUGAUUCUCAGUGGAAACAGAUGAGGAGUGUCCAGAUGUAAUGUAAAGCCUGGUAAAGUUCAAUAUGCUGAACGUGCCACAACAGAACAGACUUUCCAGUAAGCGGAAGCAGCCUCACCCUCAAUAAUACUCGAGAAUGCUGCAGAACGUGAUGUGAAUUCGUUAUUUGGCAUGUAGCACAGGAAGUGACAGCUGAGAGAAAUUGACAAACUGUUUUUGCUUGUUGUUUGUGGAUCCUCUGUGUGUUGUAAACGCCCUUAAAUAAAUGAAAGAGUUUUAAGACAC